UAUUUUGUACUGCAUACACGUUUGCUCUCUAAAUUCACAUUCAAGAGGACUAAACUCUUGUUGGAACAGCUAAUCUCCCAGAGAUGUGUAUAUCCAGAGGUUGAAGAAAAUUGAGUCAGGUAUAGAUCUUGAAUAGCUCUCUCGGUUCUCAGUUUAUCACCCUGUUUAUACAUUUGUGCUUUAUAGCCAUCCUCAUUUGAAACACCAUUCAACCAUGGCUUCCACCAUUUGUUAUUGUCUAUGGUUCUCCUAUGUCACAAUUCUUCACCUGGUUUCCUCACUGGCUAAGUCUGAUAAUUAUAUCAUCCACAUGGACUUAUCAGCCAUGCCUAAACCAUUCACCAACUAUCAUAGUUGGUACCUGUCCACUCUUUCCUCCGCUUUGGACAAUACAGAUCUUGAUACUAAUAAUUUGAACUCUGCCUCUUCUAGGCUAAUUUACACAUACACCAAUGUCAUGAAUGGUUUCAGUGCAAGUUUAUCACUUGCGGAACUUGAAGCUCUCAAAUCCUCUGCAGGAUACAUUUCAUCCAUGCCCGAUUUACCUAUUAAGCUCGACACAACACACUCACCCCAAUUCCUCGGACUCAAUCAUCGAACCGGUGCAUGGCCUGCCGCUAAGUUUGGCCAAGAUGUUAUCAUUGGUGUGGUGGACACUGGACUUUGGCCAGAAAGUAAAAGCUUUAAAGAUGAUGGGAUGACAGAAAUUCCUUCACGAUGGAAAGGCCAAUGUGUAAACAGCAUCGGAUUCAACUCAUCGUUAUGCAACAAGAAACUCAUUGGAGCUCGGUUCUUUAACAAAGGGUAUCGUGCUGAAAACCCCAACAUCACCAUUGUAAACUCAGCCCGAGAUGAUACAGAUGGUCACGGAACUCACACUUCAAGCACCGCUGCUGGGAGCCGAGUUGACGGUGUAUCUUUCUUUGGCUAUGCCCCCGGAUCAGCAACAGGAGUAGCUCCACGAGCCAGGGUAGCCAUGUAUAAGGCCGUGUGGUAUGACCACGCUGUGGCAUCAGAUGUAAUAGCUGCAAUUGACAGCGCAAUAUCAGAUGGUGUAGAUGUUCUUUCAUUAUCACUUGGCUAUGACAAUGUACCUCUAUACGAAGACCCUGUUGCAUUAGCCACAUUUGCUGCCAUGGAGAAAGGCAUUUUUGUGUCUACAUCAGCAGGGAACGAUGGGCCUGACAAACCCCUGCAUAACGGAACCCCAUGGGUGACAACUGUGGCUGCUGGCACAUUGGAUCGAGAAUUACGCGGCACUCUUAAACUUGGCAAUGGAGUCUCAAUCACUGGUUUGUCUGUUUAUCUGGGAAACUUCUCUUCUUCCCAUUUUCCAAUUACUUUUAUGGGUCUGUGUAACAAUGACACUGAACUGACCACCAAAGCGAAGGGCAAGAUUGUGGUAUGUGAAAAUUUUAUUUAUUCAUCAAUUUUAAUUCAAGAGGCAGAAGCUGUUGGGGCAGUUUUCAUAUCAAACGACUCUGAUAGUUCAUUUGGGCAUAUGUUUCCUUCCAUCAUCAUUGAUUCAAUGAAUGGGGAUAUUGUCAAAGCUUACAUAAAAAAGAACUCUGAUUCAACAGCAAGCAUGUCUUUUAAGACAACAGCUUUAGGCACUAAACCUGCACCGAGUGUAGACAGUUACAGUUCCAGAGGGCCAUCUAAGACCUGUCCAUUUGUGUUGAAACCUGACAUCACUGCUCCUGGAACAUUAAUCUUAGCUGCUUGGCCUGAAAAGCUUCAAGUGGAUGUGGAUAACUAUGGCAACGUUACUCUCUUCAACAGCUUCAAUAUCGUAAGUGGCACAUCCAUGGCAUGCCCUCACAUUGCCGGUGUGGGAGCUCUUUUAAAAGGAGCACGUCCUGAUUGGAGCCCGGCUGCUAUUCGGUCAGCCAUCAUGACAACCUCGGACAUAUUCGACAACACCGGGAGAUUUAUCAAAGACGUUGGCGAAGGUUACAAAAGGGCUACUCCUCUGGCCUUGGGAGCGGGCCAUGUCAACCCCAACAGAGCCCUUUUUCCGGGACUUGUUUAUGAUGCUGGUGUGCAAGAUUAUGUGAAUCUUCUCUGUGCAUUGAACUUCACCCAAAAGAACAUCACGGCCAUCACGAGAUUCUCCUCCUUUAAUUGUUCCAGCCCUUCCUUGGAUCUUAACUACCCUUCUUUCAUUGCUUAUUUCCAUGCCAAUGAUUCUUCUUCUAGGAGGGUGCAAGAAUUUCAGAGAACAGUGACCAAUGUUGGGGUGGGACAGACAACUUAUGUUGCUAGAGUGACUCCCAUCAAAGGAUUCCGUGUUAGUGUCAUCCCCAACAAGUUGGUGUUCAAAGAGAAGAACGAGAAGCUAAGCUACAAGUUGAGGAUCGAGGACGCAAGAAUGACAAGGGAGAAUGAAGUAGCUUUUGGGUAUCUCACUUGGAGGGACAUGAAGCAUGUGGUUAGGAGCCCUAUUGUGGCAACCACCCUCAAAUUAGAAUCCUAG